AUUUAUAUGAACUAAAUAAAUUCUAUUUUCCCCUUAAUUUCUACAUAAACAUAAAAAUAUGUAUCCUCUCACCACAUAUCACUUGCACCAAAUCUUCAACGAGCUAGACCGGAACAAGGACGGCCUAGUGAGCAUCGACGAGCUCAUGUCGCUCCUCACCAGGCUCGGCCUGCAUGCUAAACAGGCCGAGCUUGAGCUUCUAGUGGGCGAUGACAAAGCCCUCGACUUUUUCAAUUUCCUCUUCUUCUACCAAUCCUUGAACAAAAUCAUUGUUCAAGAAAAUCGGGACCAAAUCAAGGAGGAUGACCUUGAAUUCCCGGACGACGAUCUUAGGAAGGCGUUCGGGGUUUUUGAUCUAAACAACGACGGAUUCAUCUCCAGGGAGGAGCUGCGGAUUGCAUUAGGUAGGUUAGGAUUAUGGGAUGAGAAGAGUUGUGGCCAAGAUUGUAUGCAAAUGAUUGGCAUCUACGACACUAAUUCCGAUGGAUUGCUAGAUUUCGAGGAGUUUAAGGAAAUGAUGUCCAUGGAUUCCUUGGAAUCUUGUUAGAACUUUGCUUUUUUUUUUUCCUACUUAGAUUUUUUCCUUGGAAGGAAUUUUCAUCGUGACUUUGUAGUAUCUUCCAAAGAAAAAACAUUGUGUAACGUAUGCGGCUAUAUAUGUAUAUAGUUUGAUUUAUUCUUAA